AUGAGGAAAAGACGUUUUAAACUUUCCAGUAAGCUUCUAUACGAAGGCGAGGGGUGCACUGUGGAGCUGAUCACCGAUGGGAGGAGCAUGAUCAAUUUCACAACUGGAAUGGAAGACAGUAAAUGUAGUAAACUGGAAGACUGCAACACUGGCGAUUUUCGGGAUGGUUUUUCAAAUCUACUACCCUUCGCCUACAGCAGAACCAAUAAGGAACUCGAAAAGCUCAACGAGAGUCCGCUGUAUGAUGAUCUUGUUGUGUGUGGUGAAAAAAACAAGUGCGAGAAAGAAAAUCAAAAGUGCAUGAAGCAUACAUUUCUUGAAGUCUCAUGGAGUGGAUGCAACGAGGACAAUAUUUAUCAUGUAUACGCUCACACUCAUCUAAUUGGUGAAGCGGAGAAAGGCUUGGAUCAAAAAAGACGAGGUGGUGAUAAGAUGGAAUUCAAUCUGCGCAUAGCUGAUGAUAGCAGCUUCACAAUGGAUUUUGAGAAACCUGCAAAAUUUGACACCAAAGUAGAGUCGAUUAGCUGCGUUCCAAAAGGAAGUGCCAUUGUCAGACCAGAAAAAUGGAAAAUCAAAAAGGGAGUUGGAGACCUGGAGGGUAAACAUCUGCUCGUCUUUCAUCUACUUCCGAAAACGGCUACACGAACAUACAAAAAGAACAAGUUUGAAGGAAAACCUGCGAAACAAAAACCGAAAUGUGAUCUCUUCAUUAGCUUUAAAAGAGGACUCUACGAAUUUCUUCAAGUCGACCCUCCAACAACGACUACAAGCACAACUACAACAACAACCAAACCAAAACCAGGUACCAAACCACAACCACCACUACCACCUGGAAAAACAGCUCCAACGCCACAAAAGGUGGACGGAACUACAACAAACGUGCAAGGAGUUCAAGGAGUACAGGGCACCGAAGGAGGAAGCAGUAUCGUGAUUUGGAUAGCUGUGAUUUCUGUGGUGGUGAUUGCUGUAAUUGGCCUCAGUGUCGUCGUCUUCUGCUGUUACCGGAAACAUAAAAAACAACAAAAAGAAGAGAAAGAAGAGCGGGAAGAAAAGGUACUUUCAAAUUACUUAUAA